AUGUUUCUCGCUAUCUUGUAUUUCGCUUUGCCCUUAGUGGAUGUACUUUUGUCCGCAGAAGUGAGCGGGCUGCCUGGAGGGGACCGCCUUGACUGUGUGAAAGCCAGCGAUCAGUGUCUCAAGGAGCAGAGCUGUAGUACUAAAUACAGGACACUGAGGCAGUGUGUAGCCGGCAAAGAGAGCAACUUCAGCCGGGCGACAGGCCUGGAGGCAAAGGAUGAAUGCAAAAGCGCCAUGGAAGCUCUCAAGCAGAAAUCUCUGUACAACUGCCGCUGUAAGAGGGGCAUGAAGAAAGAGAAAAACUGCCUGCGCAUUUACUGGAGCAUGUACCAGAGCUUACAGGGAAAUGACUUGCUUGAAGAUUCCCCUUAUGAGCCAGUUAACAGCAGACUAUCAGACAUAUUCAGGCUAGCACCGAUUGUAUCAGUGGAGCCAGUACUUUCAAAGGGGAACAAUUGCUUGGAUGCAGCAAAAGCUUGUAACCUAAAUGAUACCUGCAAGAGGUUCAGAUCUGCUUACAUAACCCCCUGCACCAGCAGCACGUCUAAUGAAAUCUGUAACAAGCGGAAAUGUCAUAAGGCCCUCCGGCUAUUUUUUGACAAAGUUCCCCCAAAGCACAGCUAUGGGAUGCUCUUCUGCUCCUGUCGAGACGUAGCCUGUACAGAAAGGAGACGGCAGACUAUUGUUCCUGUGUGUUCAUAUGAGGACAGGGAGAAACCAAACUGCCUGAAUUUACAAGAAUCCUGCAAGAAGAAUUACAUCUGCAGAUCUCGCCUUGCAGAUUUCUUCACAAACUGCCAGCCUGAGUCACGGUCUGUUAGUAGCUGUCUGAAGGAGAACUAUGCUGACUGCCUCCUUGCUUACUCGGGGCUUAUUGGCACAGUGAUGACACCAAACUACAUAGACUCAAAUAGUCUCAGCGUUGCCCCGUGGUGUGACUGCAGCAACAGUGGUAACGAAAUAGAUGAAUGCCUGAAAUUUCUGAAUUUCUUCCAGGACAAUACAUGCCUUAAAAAUGCAAUUCAGGCCUUCGGCAAUGGUACUGACGUGAAUGUGUGGCAGCCAAUCUUACCAGUACAGACCACUACAGCCACAACUACAACAGCUUCCAGACUUAAAAACACAGGUUCAGAGACCACCAACAAUGAGAUACCCACCCACAACGAUUCACCAGCAUGUGCAAACCUGCAGGCACAGAAGAAGCGGAAAUCCAAUGAAUCUGUAGAUACAGAGCUCUGUCUUAAUGAGAAUGCUAUUGGGAAAGACAACACAGCAGGAGUCUCCACCAGCCACAUAUCUUCGGAGAAUUCGCUCGCUCUUCCUAGAAGCUUCUAUCUAAGCACACCGCUCACUCUGAUGACACUUGCACUCUCGCUCUGUUUGUUCCUAAGCUCAUCAGUCGUUUUGUAG